CAUGGAUCGUGGCGCUGAAUUAUCGGUAAUAAAUAAAUUUGUAGAAAAAUUUAACUACACAAGGAAAUUAUUAAUAACUACUGAACAAUGGGGUGAAAUAUUUGAGAAUUUGACUGGCACAGGAGCGGCGUAUGAUAUUUACUUAGGAAAAGCCGAUGUUGGAGUUGCUGGAUUUUUUAUCUCCGAGUUUGAUUAUAAAGUUGAUACAUCAACUUAUGUUCUGCGCACAGGAUUGACAUUUCUUGUCCCACUUCCAGAAAUAUCAAUUGGUUUAUCUACAUUAUUAAAACCAUUUCAUUAUGUAGUUUGGUUCAUCUUACUGGGCAUCUUAAGCGUGUUAGUCAUUGCUAUGAAAAUAUUAAACACGACAACGGAUAGUACUAAUAAAUAUCAGGGACAAAGCAUAACUUUUGAGUUGACUUUUAUUAUCCUAGGAGUUUUAUUACAACAGCCAAUGAAUUUACGAAUAAAACUAGUUGGUUGUAUCGUAAUCAACUUUGGAAUGUUAUUGUUAGUUAUUUUUUAUAACAGCGGAUAUUCAAGUAUUAUGACAAAACCCUCAUAUGCUCAUCAUGUCUCAACAGGAAAAGAACUAGAAAUUAGUGAUUUGCCGUUCCUGGUUGCGCAUGAUUCAUAUUUCAACAGCAUUGAUAUACUACAAUAUCCAAAUAUUAAAACACAUCCAUCAAUAGUUGAGCCAGAUGAGUUACUACAUCUACUUAGUAAAUCUACUUAUGUAUCAAUAGCGAUAGAUCAUUUAAAUUUGGGCUAUGCUCUUGGUGAUUUUGAUAUUGCAAUUAAUAUAACAACUCUGGAAACAUUCACAGUACUCAAAGAGGAUUUAUCAUUCGAUUGGUGUGUCUUUCCAGUCUAUAAACAUUCGGUAAUAUUACCAAUUUUAGAUGAAUUCAUUGUGCAAAUACGUGAAGCUGGAUUAGAUUAUUUUUACUUAGCAGAGAGAUUUGAAUUACAAAAAAUCGGCUUACAUACGCAACAUUAAUCAUUUGAAUGAACAAACCUACCAAUUUUUUAACAUCAAAACAUUAUCGG